AUUUAAUGAAAAUCAUAGCAUACUUUCAGUAGGCAUUUUUAAAGGACAAUCUGUUCCUUCAAGUUGAAAAUAAACUGUUCAUAAAAAUUAAGCACUUAAAGCAAAAAACAAAGUUUGGAAAAAUGCAACAUUUUUGGGUUACAAAGAAAACUGUUCAAAGGAAAUUGGGUUCCAAAGAGGAUGAACACAUUAUAUCUUCUGACUCGGAAUUAGAUGCGAAAAUUGAAAUAUUCAAGUCCAUAAAUGAGACUACAAGUGAAUUGAGCCGAAUAAUUGAUCUGUAUCAGGAACGUCUUUGCGUGCUGUCUCAAGAAGAAUGUGUUUUCGGACGAUUUCUUAAAGAGGCUGGAAAAAGGAGCAAAACAACAGCUCUAAGUAUCACUAACACAGGAAAAUCUGUCACAUAUUGUGGACAACAAAGAAUGUGUGUUAGGGUUCCUCUUCUCAGAUUGCAGCACGAAGUCAACAUUUAUAGAAAUCGCGCUAUUACCGAUACACAAUCGACUAUAUCAGCCAUGGAGAGGGAACGAACGGAAUAUAGAGCAGCCCUUGAAUGGAUGAAAUCAUCCAGUUCAGAGUUAGACCCUGACACCGGCCGAGGAGUUGACAAAUUUAGAACAGCGCAAUCUCACGUACGUGGUGCUAAACAAAUAUUCGAUACUCUGUCGAUGGAUUCAAUACAAAAGAUUGACCUUUUAGCUGCUGCACGUUGCAAUAUGUUUUCGCAUGUACUAGUUUCGUAUAUUGCAGAACUGAAAAACUUCAGCCAGAAAACUAGUGCAACAUUUGAUACAGUUUCGAAAGCUCUUGACCAAAGGCCAAAGUAUGACUUUUAUAUACUUAAGGAACUAACUCAACAUGAAGAGGUUCAUGAAGAUAUCAUCAGAAUUUCAGCUUUUAACAACGACCAAGCACUACUCUUUGCUUCAGACUAUCUCGAUACCACAGAGAAAAACUUACCAGAUUGCCAGGACAAAGCUAGCGAUGCAGUGGAAAAUGUCCCCUUAAUCGAACUAUCAAGAGAUGAUGACAUAUUGGAUUUGUGCAGCAAGGACGACUCCAUAGAUGUUGGUACAACAUUGCCAAAAAAUGGUUGCAAUAAGAGUCAAAGCCAUGGCCCUGAUAUAUUUAUGUUCAAACCUAAAGAAGAAAGUAUUCUGAGCUCUAGUUCAUCCACGGUUCUUGCAACACCUCAAAGUGCUUUAGAAACACUUGUAUCGAGACCAAAUAGUUGCCAACAAGAAAGUUCAAGCACCAAAAAUUCAAAACAAAGUCGGUGGAUGGAUCUUUUUUCAGAUCUUGAUCCCUUAGCGAAUCUUGACGCUUUUGAUUUGAAACUAAGUGGAGGUUGUACAAGUUCUCAGCCAACGUGAAAUGUUGAAUGUAGCAAAUGCGUAGAAAACUAGUUGAAGUACAGAAAUCACAUUUUCUAAGUAUAAACAUAAAACAAUUUUGAACAAAAUUUACAAUAAUACUAAUAAAAAUACAUAUAGAGGAAGUUAUACAUAAAAAACACUUCUCCCAACA